AUGGUACCUGUGCACGUCAGUCAACCCGACUUGACCAUCAUCCGCUACCAUAGGCAACCAGUGGUUAGCGUGGUUGACAUAACCAGGCGCAUCUACGGGCAUCGCAGCAUCCCUUCCCCUCCUCUCCGGCUCCUUCUGCCAAACCCGGUGCCCAACAUGGGCAGCAGCGUCAGGAACGUUGAACAGCAGCAGCCGUGUGUGGAGUCCGCCUGCCUUUACGCCGCUGCUGCGCCAGGCGAGCAGGAGGGGAGCCCCGAAGGCGGGCACCACCGGCCCCCCGCCUCCGCCAGGCUCCGGACCCAGGCGAAGCGGCAGCGCCCGUGUUCCCCCGAGCUGCUGCGCUGCAAGAGGCGCCUCAGCUUCAGCCGGUUCGGCUACAGCCUGCCGCCGCAACAGCCGGCCGCCGUGGCCCGGCGCAACGAGCGCGAGAGGAACCGGGUGAAGCUGGUGAACCUGGGAUUCGCCACCCUGCGAGAGCACGUCCCAAACGGCGGCGCCAACAAGAAGAUGAGCAAAGUGGAGACGCUGCGCUCCGCCGUGGAGUACAUUAGGGCCCUCCAGCAGCUCCUAGAUGAGCACGACGCCGUGAGCGCCGCCUUCCAGUCCGGACUCCUGUCGCCCGGCCUCUCGGCGGAGAUGAACUCCAUGGCCGGGUCGCCCGUGUCUUCCUGCUCCUCCGACGACGCCUCUUGCGACCCCCUCAGUGCCGAGGAGCAAGAGCUGCUGGACUUUACCACCUGGUUCUGA